AUGCAUGCAUCUUAUUCAAAGAAGCACACAACGAAGUUUCAUUGGGAAGAGGAUAAUCGUCAGGGCAUUGAAGAAGUUGACCGGCCAAUUGUUGCAGAAGAAGAUAUUCAACCAUAUCAGUUUGAGCCAGAACUUUCUGAUGGUAACAGCGACGAUGGUAGAGACUUUGCAUCACUGGAUGGGGACGACGAUAUGGAACAUAGAUUAGGAAAUACAAACUGGUGUGACUGUGGAAAUUGUGAGUCUAUGCCAAAAGCAGAGGAAUGCAUUUGCUGCCACGAAUUAAGCAGAGUUACCGAAAAAAUGGAGGAGCUACCCACACCAGUAUCAUGCAUAACAGAGCAUCCUGGAUUUGAACCAGUGUGCCUUAACCAGUAUGUUCUGGAAACUGCAUACUUCCAAUACUGACAGCAGUAAGGAGAAAUACAAGUAACAACUGAAGAGUAAGUUAUUUAUAAUU